GACAGUAUCCGUGUUUCACGAGGAACGCAUGUGCGCCGGCAAUGGCGUGGUAUGUUGCGGCGUUUUCUCAAGUUAGGUUAUUUUCUGGGUUUUCCGUCCAUACUGCUUUAACGUUACAGACGUUCGCACCACGUGUAGCCAUCGCAUGUAAUAUUCAAUGCCGCUACAAGACGUCUACAACCAUUAAGAGGCGAAAAACGUACCCUUUCCACUGGUGGGCACCGCGCAGGAGAAAAGUGAGGGACCAGGAUCAUAUCUUGCCAGAGAACUACACUUUUCUCCAAGAGGUUGCCCAGAAGAAGUAUCUGCAGCCAGGUGAAAGUCCGCUCAGGGAGGAACCAUGGCCUGUAGCGACUUGGACGCCUGAGUCACGGAGGACCGGAGUGAUCGGGCGUAAGAUAGGCAUCUACCCCAUGUGGACUAACACUGGCAAGCGCAUACUCACUACGUUGAUACAGGUCUUGGACAACCACGUAAUUGACUACUUGCCUCCGGAGCAAUAUGCAAAGACGCGGUUUGGCUUCCGAGCGCCCGGUCUCGGUUGUUUGGUAGUGGGUGCCGGUAGUAUAGAUCCCAUGAACUUCAAGGCGCCCUACCUAAAGCUUUUCGAGAAGUCUGGCGUCAUGCCCAAGAAGAAGCUCACCCGGUUCCUGGUCACUCCAGAUGCGGCCCUUCCGCCUGGGACGCCGCUUACGGCGGCUCAUUUCCGACCGGGCGACUACGUGAAUGUGUACGGUAAGACCCGGGGUCAUGGUUUUCAGGGUGUGAUGAAGCGAUGGGGCAUGAAAGGUGGGCCGGCUACGCACGGCACGACCAAGGCACACCGGCGAUUAGGAGCCAUCGGCGGGCCGCGAGGCACCAUCCAGAAAGGAAAGCGCAUGCCUGGACACAUGGGCCAGGAGAGACGACUGCUAGUCGGUCUCCGCAUCUGGCGCAUCAACACACUGCACAACGUACUUUUUGUUCACGGACCUGCGGUGCCUGGCCACACUCUGGCGCUUGUGAAUGUAUUCGACUCGAGGCAUGGCAAAAAGGGCCAUUCAGCCGAUGACCCGCCACCAUUCCCCACGUACUUCCCUGAUGCUGAGCAUCCUUUGCCAGAGGAAAUGUACGACAGAGAGCUGCACCCAUUCGAGGCGCCGUCAGUCACCUUCGAGGAGGAAGAAGUGCAAGUUAAAAAGAAAGCCAAGGUCAAGGCGAAAACCAAGGCUCGGAAGUAGUCGCAUAGCUGCUUACAAGCAUUUGCAUAACACUUGUUUAAUUGUAGAAUAAAUCAAUGCCCACAUUA